CCGACCCCAAAAUUUCCCCAAUCAUCAACUCUCAUCAAGUUCAAGUUUGCUGCGUGUUGCGCAACUCGCCAAACCCAAUUGUCUUCCGUCAGUACACACAGCGUGCCAAUGACUGUCGCGCCGCAGGGAUGAGCCGAUUCUCGUUAAGUCGCCUUCUGGCGCCGGACCUGCUCCGCGCUCUUGCCCAGGCCCGGUGCUCAACGCUCUUUGCGACACAAUGCCCCCGUCUUUUCUCUCAAUCACACGCCGCAAAGAACAUUUGGUCAUCACCACCGUCAUCACCACCUCAACAAUCCCAGCCACCACCACCAGCCGGCUCAGUUAUGGGCCGACUCGCCCAGACUGUCAUAGGCGCAGCCGUCCAACCCACCGUGAAUGAAGCGCCGCUCUCUGAGCAGCUAGGCCUCACCGAAGACGAAAGCGAGGAGCCCUAUCACUUCCAUAUAUACAGCCACAAGCACAACACGCACAUUACGCUUACUAAACCGAACCGGGACGCCAUAAUAUCACUGUCAUGUGGCAACAUCGGCUUCAGGAAGUCCGCUCGCAAGCAUUACGAUUCGGCGUACCAGCUGGGUACCUACGUGCUGGACAAGAUGAACCAAAAGGGGUUGAUCAAGAAGAUUCACAAGCUUGAGGUUGUGCUGCGCGGGUUCGGCCAGGGCAGAGAAGCUGUUGUCAAGCUGCUGAUGGGACAAGAGGGCGCCAAGCUGCGGCCCAAGAUUGUGCGGGUAUCGGAUUCUACAAGGCUCAAAUUUGGUGGUACUCGGAGCAAGAAGCCUAGGAGACUGGGCUAAGCGUGCUGGGGUUAUAGAAAGCGUACUGCAAUUCAGGGGUGGGAAAGAGAGAUUGCUGUCAACUGACCCGGACUUCCUUCCGGUAUCAAUGUACUGUAAAUAUGCUGUAGAUUACGUAUGCCCUCGUCGCAGGUGUCUCAUAGUAUGGAGAAAGGAUCAAGGGGUUUUGCUGCAAGUUUAACAAGGUAACACCGUUGAUGAUGAAGACAAGAGAUAGCGCACCGGGAACCACUCGGCCUCCGUGGCCGGCGUCUUGGUGGAUUCCUGAGACUUCUUUCUCCCGCGUCUGUGGAACCCCGCCGGGCCGGCCGGGGUGGCCAGCCCCACUAAAUUUUUCAGUUGAUAUGUAAC